AUGAACACAGAUACGCUUGUUGUCACGAGGGAGUCACCGAAGACGGGGGAUACGGAUAUGUCAGAAAAGAAUAGCGCUACGCAACAGGACGGUGAAGAAGUCACAGCGGACAAAAGGUGUCUUCUUAUGUGGUGGCAAAACCAUUUGCAAUCACUCUUACUUUCCGACCUUUGCCUCAGCGUUUAUCCAGAGGAUAUCGUGCUUGCAAAUCAACAGUCGACCCUCAAUGACAGGGCCUCGCAACUGAGUGGGGUCAUUCUCAAAUUGAUACUUGCACAAAACGGCAUCGAAGUCGAAGGUCCUUGUGUCAUCAGCGGGAACCUAGUGAAUUAUGAAAGACAAGAUAACGAAAUAGAAUACUCCAUCAUCGACCCAGCCACUGUUGAUUGCUUUUUAGAGACGCUCGUGGUACUCAUCGGCCAACCUGCUCGUUCACAGUCAAUAGCCACUGGAGAUCAAGUUGUAGAAGCCCUUCGGCUUUGGUUGAAACGCCGGGAGCGACUUGAAAAGUGGAUUGACAAGGAGGACAAGCGAGUUGCUCAGAUCGCGUAA